UAGCUUGAUCAAAGUUGCUAAGAUCAUCAUUGUUGUGAUCCUUAGAGUAAAGCUGGGAACGUAAAUGUAAUAAAUAGUAAUGCUACAUAUGGGUAGAGUAUACAUUCAAAGCACAGAUCAGUUGUGAUUUAUUUGCAACCACUUUACUUUGUUUUCUAUUUUGAACAGAAUGGCUACCCAAGAGACGUCUGGAGAAGACCCUAGCAGCAGCAUUUUUGAGCUGGAUCCCUCUUACAUAAAAGCUUCCAAAUUGAAUUUUGAUUUUCACAUGCUGGCAGAAGAAAUGGAAGAGGAAUACCAGAAAAUCCGUGAACAACUGCAAAGGGGGUUUAAUUCUACAAUGAGAAGUGAAGCCAAAAGGUUAAAAACCUUCUUGUCCCUGCCACCUGAUAAUUUUAAUUCAACCUGGGCUCCCUCAGAGAUGGCUGCAGCUGGCUUCUAUCACACUGGUGUUAAGACUGCAAUUCAGUGCUUUUGCUGUGGGCUAGUUUUGCUCACAAGAAAAAUCAGAAAAACCCCUUAUGUAGAACAUAAGAAAUUUUGGGCUCAGUGUGAAUUUAUUUUAGGGAAAGAGGUUGGUAACAUCCCCAAGUUUGAGGUUCGAGUUCAGAAUCUGGAGAAGAGCUCUUCAAAAAUCAUGAAGAGGUAUGAGGAGGUGGAGGCAAGACUUGAAUCCUUCACUGGUUGGCCAUUCUAUGCCAAAGAAACACCACCUGCUCUGCUGGCUAAUGCUGGAUUUUUCUUCACAGGUAUAAAAGACACCGUUCAAUGCUUUGUCUGCAGUGGAAAUUUGGGAAAUUGGGAAGAAGGUGAUGAUCCUUGGAAAGAACAUGCAAAAUGGUUUCCUAAAUGUGAGUUUCUUCAAAAGGAGAAGUCGAAAGAAGAAAUGAAAGAGUAUAUUCGAAAUUAUUGUGGAUUUGUUGGUGUUAUGGGAAAGCAUUUUGCACGAUCCUUUGGGAAGAUAUUGCCCUCCAAUACAGCAAAAGGGGAUUCAGAACCUAUCUUAAAUAUCUAUGAAGAUGAAGGCGUCCGGAUGGAUUCAUUUAAAACUUGGCCACAAGCAGCACAUGCUGAUCCCACUAUUCUGGCUAAACUUGGAUUCUUCUACACAGGGAAGAAGGACAUUGUACGGUGCUUUUCCUGUGGUGGAAGCAUAACAGAUUGGGAAGAAGGUGAUGAUCCUUGGACAGAGCAUGCUAAAUUUUUUCCUCAUUGUAAGCAAUCAGAUCCAGACUGGAAGACCUCACUGGAGAAGAUCCAAAGGCAGGCAGAGGCUGAGUCAUGGCAUGAAAAGCAAACAGAUUGCAAACACCAUUUGGGAGAGAUAGAAGGUCUCAGUUCCACAAUGCCUAUUGUGGCCUUUGAUGAACAUGAAUGGCUUCAGGAAAAGCUCAUAAAGGCAUACAAUGAUAUUACCUUCAGGAAAAUGUUUUCAUUUGGGGACUCCAGCCAUUUUGCUAUUGACUUGAAAUUGCUCUUUGGGGACCUCACCAUUGUCUGCAAGAACAUCAACGAUCAGCCAUUGCAGCCAGUCAUACUGCCUGAGGUCCUUGAGAGCUUUCAUUCCAUUACAGUUAUUGAAGGGGAAGCAGGCAGCGGAAAGACUGCAUUACUUCGGAAGAUAGCUAUUCUCUGGGCAUCUGGAUGCUGCCCCAUACUCAGCAGAUUCAAGUUUGUUUUUUAUCUGUCCUUGGAACGAGACCGUAGCCUGGCUGAACGUGACCGUAGCCUGGCUGAACUUAUUUGCCAUUGGGUGGUGGAGCUGAAAGGGUCAUUAACAGAAGACUCCCUGAAAACCAUUUGCCAACGUUUAACAAAUGAGGUCUUGUUCCUCUUGGAUGAUUAUGAUGAAAUGAAUGCAGUACCCCAUGUCAUCGAAGAACUGAUUCAAAAGAACUAUUUGAACAAACACUGUUUGGUUAUUGCGGUUCGUACUAACAGAGUUGGAGGAAUUCGCCAGUAUGCAAACACGAUUCUCAGCAUCACAGAGUUUCCUCUGACUAGCACCCUCUAUCUAUUAAAAAAGCUAUUUUCACACAACACUGCCCGUUUUGAAGACUUUUUCAUUCAUUUGUCCUCAGAGGAAACAAUGCAUGCCAUGUUAAAGACUCCUUUAUUUGCUGUGGCCCUUGCCGUGUAUUGGAUUCAGUAUCCUAAUGGCAAUAUGUUUGCAGGUACAUUUGUUUUAAAAGCCUAUAUGCUGUACAGUUCAUUGAAAUAUCCACAGGAGAGCGAUCAUCUCAAAGCCACGGUUUCCGCUUGUGGUGAACUAGCCUUACAAGGUCUCUUCAAAUCCUGCUUUGAAUUCACCGAGGAAGAUCUGUCUGAAGUUGGAGUUAAUGGAGAUGAUGCUCUCAGGUUUGGUCUCCUGAGCAAGUUCACUGCUCAAAGGCUUCGGCCUCUCUACAAAUUCUUCCACCUUUCGUUCCAAGAAUUCUUUGCAGGUCUAAGGAUGAGUGAGCUCCUAGGUUCGGAUGUGCAUGGAGAUGUGGAGAAAGGGCUGCAGUAUCUGCAGCAAAUCAACACGUUCGUGAAAAUCAGCAGCCGCUAUCAAUAUAUCUUGAGAUAUGCCUGUAGUGAUCCUUUCAAAGCGGUGCCCAAAAUAAUUUCCCACUUACUCAGUUUACUAAGUUGCAAGAAGUCAUUUGAAAGCUGGUCAGAAAAUGAUGUUUAUCUACAACAAACGCCCAAACUUCAGCUAAUGCAACAAAAGCUUGCAAUUGCUUCCUUUAGUUUGCAGCCAGAGCUGUAUCAUGCAAAAUUCACUGAAAUUGUGCUGAAACUCGCAAUUGAGCUGGCCUAUCAAAGCAACAUGGUUCCUGUAUGUGCUCCUCUGCUUUUACAGUUCCUCAGCGGAAAAACAUUCCCUUUAUAUCUGUUUCCUUCAGGAAGUGGGUUCAUAAAUCACUUCUUUCUGGAUUAUCCAGAAAGUUUGUACUUACCAAGCAGAUUUGAGAAAUCUAUUAUUGGCAAAGAGGAAAAUCAGGAUAUUUCUCUAUUAGAAAGUUGUUAUUCCAAAUUGGGGGUUCCAGUUGUUGACCAAGAAUAUGCCCCUGGUUUUCAACUCCUCAGUUACUUUAGGCAGCAGCUAAAUGAAAAUAUAGAUUUGCACAAUAGUGUUAGGACACUUUUCCCCAGACAUCUUCCAGACUCCCUAAUAGCUCCAUUUGUCCAUAUGAAAGGCCAUAAGAAGAUCCCAUCUUUGAAAUUUGAAGUAAGCUAUGUGAAUUUUUUCCAAGCUCAGGACCUUCAGAAUUUAGUGGCGCUCUUCUCCGUUUUUGAUCGCAUUGAACUCAGGCUGUAUCACUGCAAUAGUCUGAUUGAAAGUAUUAAACCAGCUAUUGAACAGAACUUGGACUCUUUUAGAAUCUGCAGUAUACACACCACUGACUUGUGUGUAGUAGAAGAAAACCUACUUCUUUCCAUGUCUUCACUUGAGUCUCUUGAAAUUCAUGGCAAGAUGUCGAUACCAGAAACAUUCCUUGCAAAUUUGGACAAAUAUGCAUUCUUGAAGGAGCUGAUAGUGGAUCUACCUGACAGUCAAAAUAUAUUUGACAUAAUCCCAGAAGGCUUCAAAAAUCUUCAUAACAUGGAGAAGUUGCUAAUCUACCAUGUUCAGUUUAAAGGCAGUUCUCCCAGGCUAGUUCAAUUUAUACGGAACUUUCGAAACCUCUCAGUUUUUCAUCUGAAACAUUCAGACUUUUCUGACUGGGGGGUCCUCAUGGCUGCACUGUCUUCCUGCAAGAUGCUAACAGAAAUACAGCUCACUGGAUUGCCUUUUGGGGAGGAAGACCUGUUUUCCUUUACUGCUGCUUUGCCAAAUUUUACUGGGCUAAAGGUACUGGAUAUCUCAAGAUUAAAAUUUAUGAUUAAGGAAGGCUGUACAGCAAUGGCAGAAGCUUUGAGUUCUCUUGUGAAUUUGGAGGAGCUUGUUCUACAUAUUGGAGAAGGAAUAAGUCAUACAUCUAAACUGAUUGUUCAGCAAUGCUUCCAUUUUCCAAAUCUCCGAAGGUUGGCAUUUAGUGAAUGUUUAAAUGAUGAAGGCCUAUUGGAAAUAGCAAAAGUAGCAGCUGAUGGAGGUUUCCAAAAGCUUGAAUUCUUGCACCUCAGUGUAAACCACAACAUUACAGAAGAAGCUUGGAGAAACUUCUUCCAAAAGUUGUCCAAUGUGCCAAAGUUACACGACGUGAACUUCAGUCGCAUUUUCACACAUAAAAUCAAAUGCCAGGCAGCAACGGUUAAGUCUUUUGUCCAGUGCGUCUCCAGACUGCCCAGCCUCAAGACAAUUAACAUGCUAGGUUGGUUGUUUGAUAAGGAGGACCUCAAAAUGUUUGAUGCCAUGAAAGAACAUCAUCCCCAGUCAAAUGAGUUAUCCUUGACUUGGAAAUGGAUGUUGCCAGUUUCACCAAUUAUAAAUGAAUAGAGAAGAAAUGGGUUUAAUUGUGUAAACAUUACAAAGUGUGGUAUAGAGAUUAGAGUAUUGGACUGGGAGUCAGAAGAUCCAGGUUCCAAUCCUAACACAGCCAUGGAAGCUCACUGGGUGACUUUGGACUACUCACAGGCUCUCAGCCCAACCUACCUCACAGGAUUGUUGUGAGGAUAAAAUAGAGAGGAU